AUGUAUACGGGGAAAACCGACAAGAGACGACAGCGUGGGCUGGUGCCUUGCUACUGGGAGAAGCAGCCAGGAGGCUGUCUGAAGGUCCACUGUGCUUUCCACCACAGCAAGCCUCGCUCCAUCAAUGAGCUUCACCUGCCAGCCUCUCGGGAGAUCUUGUGUGAUGCACUGAAGAGGAAGAGUGUGUUUGAAAGAUUGGGGAAGAGAACAUCGCCCCCCAGGGUAGAUGCUGAGACUGCAGCAGUGGAUGACUUUGUGUCAUUUAUGCGUGCUGCAUCAGGAAACCUCUCUCAUCUACCCAAGAGGAAAGGACCAGAGAAUGGGAGAGCCACCAAGCCAAAGCAGCUUUCCAAAGCGGUGGAAGGUUUUCUGUCUUGGAUCCGAACCCCGUCAGAUGGAAGUAUAGAACUUGCCCAACAGACUUGUGUUGAGUGGCUGUGGGAAUGGGAGCGGAAAGGCAGUAAGACCGGGGCUGUCCUUCCAGCAGACAGGGCCAGAGACACAGAGGAAGCUGCGCACAGCUCUGGAGAUGAGAAGACACAGGCAGACUGUAGAGAGACUGAGACCCUCUGCAGCCAGAACCCCUCACCUGAGAACGCAGUUGGUAGAUCUAAAAGGGUUCUGAAGAGGAAGCUGCCCUUUGCAGAAUAUGGGGAGUCUACUGGUGAACCCCCAUUGAAGGUGAGGGUGAGGAACGAUUACACCAUCGUUCCAUCAGACAGCAGCGCCCGGAACCCACCUUGCACCAGUGAAGAGGAGCCUGAGGCCCGUAAAGAACCAAGCAGUAGAAAGCGCAGAAUGACAGAAGCCUUGGACAAUGAACCACCAAAAAAGAGACGCAUUCUGGACUCGAUGGCUUGCAGCUACUAUGAGUGCUAUUGCUGGAACUUGUGA